GUAAUAUUCUACUGUACGGAGCACAUUGAAAGAUGGUUAAUGCAAUCAAGGGGUUGUUCAUCUCCUGUGACAUACCGAUGGCUCAGUUCAUUGUUAAUAUGAAUGCGUCAAUGCCCGCAUCAGAGAAGUUCAUCGUGCACAUUCUUGACCCCACACACAUGUUUAUCCAGCCUAAUAUGGGAGAUUACAUCAAAAGUAAGAUGGCGGAGUUCAGAGACCAGAACAGCUACGAGAAGCCGACAUGAAGGGCCACCAUCCAUUACCGCGGUGCUAGCUUCAAACUCCAUCCAGAGAUACCUAUGUUGAUUAUCGCUAUGUAGAAUGGUUAUAUGCUGAGACUGAACAUUAUGUUUCACUCUCUCGUGAUGUUCUGGAAUGACAGUUCUGUAGUAUCACAGAGUUCUGCGUCUUAUGUAUCUUCCGAGUGAGCCUUUAGCUGAUAAUAUUUCUGGUGAUGUUGAUCUUGAUACCGUGCACUGAAUAAAGUACCACUUCUUAUGUAUUA